AUGAACAUACAUUUCGGACUGCAAGUCUCUUCAACUUCUGCUCACUCUUUUCGUAAUCUCCGCACUCCUCGUCUAACCCUUCUUAACUCCGAGUUCCUUCAAGCCCACAGCCAGACUGUGCGGCAGCUCCGGCCAACUAUUGACGUCGCGCUGCUGGGGUACAUGAGAGUCGCGCAAAGGAAGGCCAUUGUUGCGCAACACGCCGGCCCCAUUUCACCUAAGUCUGCUGCAAUCGUGUUGUUUAGUCCCACUGCGAUUGACUGUCCUAAGGAGCGUGCCUGGGUUGCAUACUCCAGUCGUAAGAACUCCAUAGAGUGUGCAGGGCUUCUUAGCUAUGGAUUAUGCGUAGAGUAUUAUGGGUACAUUGUACCCAAUGAAAUUCGAAACCGCGCACCCCGUUUCGUGCCCGAUUGGUCCACGUGGCACGAUUAA